CGGAAAUGGUAAUGAAUGUUUACAAAAGUCAUAUGAUUUUGAGAUUUCUGUACUCGGUCAUGUACAUAUAUUAAUGAUAAUUUAUUUAACCUGUAGGCAUCGUUGGAAUGAACAUGGGCACACUUUUUAGGGGUUCUAUCGGACUUAUACUCUGUGUUUCUCUUUCUGUUGCACAAGAAGAGUUUCAGAAAAGAAACAUUUUUCCACCAAAUCAAUUUCAAUAUGAAAUUUCUGAAGAUGCAAAGACAUUAGUUUCUCAGCAAAUAUCCAACGAUGAUUUAGAGAACUUACGAGCUGGUCUUGGACGAUACACAAAUGUGUCAAAGACGUGUCUUGAUCAUACCAUGAUGAUUUUGGAUGGUGUCAGGGCUGGAGAGUUUUGGGCCUUAGAAAUGUUGGAUGCUGUUGGGAAGCCUCCCAGUGCUAUAUUACGGGGCAACUUCAAAUGGCUUGGUUCAUUCAGUCAGUGCACUAAUAUAACAGCUUGGGUGAAUGUAAGUGGUAAAGUAGAGAGUCCCUUCUCAGGAAAACAUUGUAUGGCAACUAUAGUAAAAGCCUAUGGUACUCCAAAUAAACAGCUAGGAUCAGGGCCGUUGCCUGCAGCCUAUGGGAAGAUAGCACUUUCCAUUGCUGUAUGUGUGCCCAGUAGCUGCGAUGUUUAUGAUGUUGCAGGUCUUGUCAACUCAGGUCUAUUUGCUCUCCCUGAGAACUACAUAGUGUAUCCUCUGCCGACAUGCACCAAUACUAACAUUCCCUUAGAUUGGAGGGCUAUCCUUGCUAUAGUCAUCUUUAGCAUAUUUGGCUGCCUUGUAGUAUUAGCAACAUUGCUUGAUGCAUUAAUUUACAUGGUAGAACUGAAUGAGCCUAAAGAACAUGCAACACUGAAAGAUGUUAUAGAAGAUGUUAUUGCAAAGGAACCUGCAAAUGGAGUGGUAAAUGUGGUUACCAAUCAUCACAAUGCCACUGAAUACACACCAUUAAUUGCAAAUAAUACACAAGUUGCACCAAAGCCCACACAACAUGGAAUAGCUCUGAGAAUGCUGUUGUGUUUCUCUGCCUACACUAAUGGAGACAAGAUCCUUAAAGUUGGCCCUCCAUCAGAAAGUAGUUUAGACUGUGUGCAUGGAAUACGAUUCUUCAGUAUGACUUGGGUCAUGUUGUGCCAUACAUACUUUUUUGGACUUGUUGUGACAGCUAAUCCUGCAUUAUUAGGAGAUUAUCUAAAACGCUACAGCUUCCAAGCAAUCAUCAAUGGAUACUUUUCAGUUGAUGCUUUCUUUUUCUUAAGUGGUUUAUUAGUAUCCUACCUUGUGCUCAGGGAACUUAAGGCCAAAAAUGGAAAAUUGAAUUGGAUCAUGUAUUACUUUCACAGAUUUUGGAGGUUGACCCCACCAUAUAUGCUGAUUCUUAUGUUCAGUGCUUGUUUGUCGCGCUAUGUGAGUACAGGCCCACUGUGGCCUGAGCAGGGUUUUGAAAGGAACUACUGCAAUGACACCUGGUGGACAAACUUGCUGUAUAUAAACAAUUUUGUUAAAGAUGACAAAAUGUGUAUGGGCUGGUCCUGGUAUCUGGCAAAUGACAUGCAGUUCCACUGGAUAAGUCCCAUUCUCAUCAUUGCAUUUUUCAAAUCUGCAAUCGCUGGGUAUAUAGUGACUGGGGCUAUGCUACUAGGGCAUCUGAUUGUUACUGGGACAAGCUGGGUUCCAAAAUAUCUACAUCAAGCCAUAUACACGAAUCGGACCAUAUCUAGUUGGUUUUGUAGUGGGAUACAUUCUUUACAGGACUAA